AACACAUCCCGGCCUCGAUCGAUCUCUGCAUCGGCAGCUCCGUGUACCGAUCCAAAUGUAACCUGAGUGACCAGGAGCUAGCGUGGGGAUCUCAAGUGUUUAGUAAAUCGGGCAUAGCUAAAGACUCAAGCCACUACAGAGUACAUAUUUAAGGACACAGUCAUCCCACUCUAAUAGACUUUUACAGUCAAGGUCAUCAUCCAACCACUUACAUUCGCUUACCCUAUUCCUACUUAUCAGCACCUACCUACUCAGUCCCUCUAGUCCUCAACAUGCGCUUCUUUCAGACAGCCGUCUUUGUCUUUAGCCUGUCCAGUGCAGCAUGCGCCAUGGUUUCCCAGGAUGGUCAUCACGAAGCUGGUGGUCUCGAAGCUCGCAACCUCGAAAUUGAUCUCGAAGCUCGCAACCUCGAAGCUGAUCUCGAAGCUCGUGACCUCGAAGCCGAUCUCGAAGCUCGUGACCUCGAAGCUGCUCUCGAAGCUCGUGACCUCGAAGCUGCUGCUGAUCUUCAGGCUCUCUACGAAGCCGAUCUCGAACGCCGCGAACCUAAGAGAAAGAUCAGGAAGCCCAAGAGACCUAACCGGGAUCCCGGAUGUAAACCCAAGAACGCAAUGUGCUCUUCUCACAGCGUAUGCUGCAGUGGGAGCUGCGACAUGGAAAUCGACUUGUGCAAUUAAUUUUGGUAGUUUACAUCUCUACCACUCUUCCAUGUUGUACCCCAACCUUUUUGGCCCCUAUUAACUUCGCUUGCAAAGCCAAGCGGAGAGUGUGUCUGAAGGUAGUUGUCUGUGAGGUGGUUUCUGCCGCCUGGAUAUGCGAUUAAAGGAGGCCUAAAGAGGGAGAAAC